AUGCCAGAUACUCAUGCUGCCACCACUACAUUGGAUGAUAUCAUCAAUGAACUAAAGCUAACUUAUGAUCCAUCAGUGGGUCUACUAGAUGGAGACUCGGUGCGAAACAUGCCAAAUGUAAACAUUCUUACAAAUUUGAACAAACUAUUUCAGAAUCUACGUAAACAAUUGAGUGAAGUUGAAGCAGUUGAUGAAACUGUGUUGUCAAAGAUCAAUGCAAUAAAGAGCGGAAAUCGGAAAGGUGACUUGACAAAAGAUAACAAUAGAAAACGCACAAUUGCUGAUGUAAAUAAACGCAUUGUUCAAGAAAACGGACUUGAAACUCUGCCGAGCGAUAACGAAAGUGGCAUUGAGAACUUAGUGAAGAGGCGAAAACCAAAUGUAGUGGAGGUAAAGACCGAGAGACAUGAAGGAGAAGAAGACCGUGAAGGUAACGCUAGUAGGGAAGAAAAGAACGAUAACAAAGACAAAUACAUGGAUGAGAAAAACAGCAAUAACGACAAUACCAAUACAAGCUUUGACAACUACAAUGGCAGCGACGAAAAAGUAAGGCAACAUAAAUUGGAAGCAACAAGAGAGGAGGGUGAUAUGGAUCCUGAGAAUGAAAACAAGAAGGAGCUCGUAAACUCAAAGGAUGAUCCAGUACCUCCCGUCCAGUCUGGGUCAUUUACAAGUGAAAAUGACACGCGUUUGAAGAAUCCUAAAUCAGAGUAUGUGGAGCCACAAACAUUGUCUGCCGAGGCUAUCGCCGAUUUGGGUUUAUACUCCGAGGACAAUGAUGGACUAGAAACACACGGUACGGAGUACUUGAAGCGCAAAUAUGGUGUUGCGUCAUACCCUGAAAAUGACUUGUUAGAUUUGCUCCCUGGAAGUAUACCCAACAUUGAUUUUUCCAAAAACAAACCUCCAACUAACCAAGUUCAAUUUACCACCUUCCAAUCAUAUAUCGAGUCAUAUUUCAGACCUUUCAACAACGACGAUCUAACAUUUUUAAAAGAACGGAACAUAAUACCACCCGGAUUUGAAAAAUUGGGUUACGAUCCUGACUUGAGUCCAUUUAUAAUACCAAAGUUGGGUAAAUUUUAUGCUGAUGUUUGGACCGAGGAAGAUGCGACCUUGGCUGCAAAAUUGACAUCAACUGCUCAUUAUCAAACCGGUCCAGAAAGUUAUAAGGCCAAAGGCUCUUUAGAAGAACUCAACGACGAGUCAUUGUACACAGAGAAUAUUUCGUGUGGGCCAUUAUCUAAUCGUUUGCUUUCAGCGAUUUUAAGCACACACGAAGCUCAGGCUAGCAUGAUUGACGACGAAAAUAAUAAUAAUAAUAAUAAUAAUAAUAACAACAAUAGCAAUACUAAUAACAAUAAUAAUAAUGAUGAUGAUGAUGGUAACAAAGAUGGGGAUCAGUCAGUUAGUGCUAAAGGUAUUACCAACUAUAAUAAAAAAGACAAGGAAGGAACAAAUGGUAAAAGAUUGGCGGAAGUUAAAGAGGAGAAAGGUGGUACUAAUAGCUCCAAUAUACUUCUCGAAGAUGAAGUUGCCACGCAAUUAAAUAGUACCGAAGAUUACAGACUGGCAACCGAACCAAGCGAUUACCAUACCAUAGAGGAAAGAUUGAAGAGAGAAUUAAAAUACAUUGGUAUCUUUAUGAAUUUGCCUACGGUAGAUGACAGCACCAAGAGCAAACCAAAAGUACAGGCAUCUGGUCGUGCGCCUAAACGAUCGACGCAAACUAGUAUCAUAGAUAACGACGAUUGGAUCAAAAACCGGGAGGAUGACGAAGUGUGUGCCGAGAUUCGAACCUUGCAGAGGGAAUUGAGGGAGGUUACAAGCAGGAAUCGUGCCAACAAAAAGAAACUUUUGCCGAUGGUUGAGGAGCACAUUGCAUAUCAAGAAUAUUGUACUAUACUAGAGGAACUUGACAAGCAAGUUGACCAGGCAUAUAUGAAGAGAUCGAAAGGUCGCGGCAAAAAGAAGAAGAUUGACACGACAACGCCUCAGCAGCAAGCGGUGAACAGCGGGUUGAGAGCGUUGCUAGUCAAACGAAGACGUUGGAUUGACAAUAUCGGAGUUUUGUUUCCGCCAGCUGAAAUCAUGAAGAGAGUGCCAGGGGAAACAAUAAUGAUCAAGGAAGGUGAAGUUGAAGCCGAAAGUAUAGAAGACCAAGAGCCGGAGAAUGGACCUCUGGCCGCUGUGUCUAAAUUAAUCUAA